CCUUAGAUGCACUUACUUCUUCUGCAUUAGGAAUUGGGGCAAAUUUGGGGGAGGGGAGGGUCCUCCAUCAAGCUGAUAAUUAAUCUGCCAUGGAGACAACGGAGGAGGAGAGAGAAUUGCUGAGAAAAACGCUUCCUUCUGCUUUCUAUCCCAAGAUUGCCAUUCUAUGCAAGAUCCUUACAUGUACAGAUGUUAAGAUGGUAUUCCUGUUGUCAUACCUUGUACUGCGUGAUUCCCCUCACCCAGGAAUCUUCGGAUGAUAUGAGAAAAGUACAAAGAAGAGAAAAGAAUCGUAUUGCAGCCCAGAAGAGCCGACAGAAACAGACACAGAAAGCGGAUACCCUCCACAUGGAGAGUCAAGACUUGGAGAGGCAGAAUGCCGCUUUGCGCCGGGAGAUCAAGCAACUGUCAGAUGAACUGAAACACUUCUCUGCCAUGCUGACUUCCCACGAGACUCACUGCUCCAUCCUCCAUACGCAGUCCCCAGCACCCACCGAAGUGCUUUUCACGCCACUCCCCUUUCCCCAGACCCACAUCAGUGCCCCAUGCUUCCAGCACUGAGAGCAACUUCUAGGACUGGGAAAAGUUUGCAGAAUCCAUGCCUGGACAGAAGGAGGAGGAGGAGAGAUAUACUUCACCACUAUGGACCAUUUAGGGGGUGGUAUUCCCAUAUAUCUGUUGGCAGGUGCUGUUCUGAAUAAGGAGUAAAAUGUCAGUAGGAUUUGGCCUUUGUGAAGAACCUGUGACAUGCUAGACUCACCUGCAGGGUAUUGUGUGUGUGUGAUUUAAUGUACAGUAACCGCUAUCAGUACUGUUCUGUUGUUUGCACUGAUCUUCUUAUCACAGAGCCUUGUACGAUAAGCCAUGUUCUGUUGUAAAAUGUAUACUAGUGGUUCUGUGGACACAGAGAACAAAAGGUGUUGUUCCAUUAUUUUUUUAAAUAAAGAUCUCUUUUAUAUAUAUACGGUAUAUA